UGUCAUGGCGGCUACGCAUAGUGUUAGCUGUCCCCGGUGUCUGCCAUGGUAACGGAACGCGGAGACUGAGGAUACGUGCGGAGCCAUGCAGCAAGAGAGGCAUAAAACAAAGGAGGACACCUGGAAGUCCGAGGAGCUGAAAAAGCACUUGAAGUCUGAACCUUCUAAUGAAAAAAGACAUAAAGAAAGGCGACAUCACAAAGAGGAAGAUCGAGAUGAGCAUGCAGACCGCAAACACAAGUCUGAUCGGAAAGAAAAAAGAGACAGACACGAUGAGAGUGAUAGGCAAUCAGAAAGAAGAGAAAGACAAGGCAAUCCUGAGAAAGAGAGGGGAGAGAGACACGGCUCUGGUGACAUAGAGAGGGGGGAGAGAGACAAAUAUACUGAGAGUGACAGAAAUGCCGACAGAGAGAAGGACAGAGUUCGAGAGCGUCGCAGAGAAAAAGAAAAGAGAGACACAGAAAAACACCACAUAUCUGAAAGGCACAGAACCGGGGAGAGAGAAAAAACCAAAGAGAAAGCAUACAGAGGGGAAAAUUCUUCUAAAGAACAUGUGACAUCUGAGCUGAGCAGGGAAGAGAGGAUGGCAAGAGAGAGUCUGGAAAAAAGCAAACACAGAAGUGAUGAUCGGGAAAGGCGGCAUCUAGAAAAACAAGAAAAAGAAAAGAAGAAGCAAGAGAAUGAAGAACACAAAGAUCAAGAUACCAGACAGCGGAAGCACAAAGAAGAUUUAACCAGUAGAGAUCCUGAGAAGGAGAGGAGGAGAAGCGAUCGGAAACACAGUGGGGAGCCUGAUAGUGAUAAAAGGCAUCAUAGCUGGCGUGAAAAGGAGAUGACAGGCAACACAGAGGUGGGGUCUGCUGAAGACUCUGUGCAAAAUAUGGACAGGCGGAAAGAGAAGCAUUCUAAUGAGAGACAGUUACAGAGGGAAGACCGAGAAAGAAGACACAGAGAAAAGAGAGAGCAAAAAGCACAUGAAAAAAAGAAUGCAGAGGAAAACCCAAUUCAUCACAAACACUCCAGGGAAUCCACCUCAAAGCAAGGAAGUGAUAAUGAGAAGGACAUUGAAGAGACUAUACAGAAAACAGAUACAGCAUAUGAUGAUUCCACUAACUAUGAUGAGGAUUUUGAAGAUUAUGAUGACGAUUUUGAAGAGGCUAGUGAAGAGGAGAGGACUCCGGUGAAAUCACAGGAAGAGCGGCCACCAGUUCAGAGGAACAGAGAGGUAGAGGAAAUUCAGAAGGCCAUGUUCCUGGAGAAUGAAAACAUAACUUCAGUUCCGGCUGUACACCGACAAAACGGACACGACCAUCAUGAUCAGGACUCUGAACCAAAAGAGGUAAAUUCCAGUAGGAAGGCUCAUAGAGGAGUAUUUAUAGAUUUUGGAUCUGCAAAACAACGUCAAGUUAGCAGUCAAAUCGCCAGCAAGCAAAAGAAACGAAGUUUGGAAAUUCUUCGGCUCAUCGAUUUGGAUUUUUCCUCCACUUUCUCUUUGUUGGAUCUGGCCCCUGUUAAAGAAUAUGAGAUGUACAUUCGCAAUUUUGGAAAGAGCAACACAAAGCAGGCUUAUGUCCAGUGCAAUGACGAUGCUGUUGACAGAGAGAUUCAAACAGAAGAAAUAGAUAUUGAAGAAAAAUGGACUCAACAUCCAGCAGAGGGAGCUGUUGUAUGUGGAGGUCACAAAAAUGAUUUGGAAGGGAAUGUGGGACUUAACUCAAAAGUUGAUUCUCAGCGGCUGACUGGUUUCCUUCACUCUGCUGCUCAGGUCAUGGCUGUCUUGCUUGAAGAGAAUCGUUCAGAGUCCCAGUCUCGAAGCAAAGUUCACACUAAAGAGCCCUGCAUGUCCAUCAGUGAGGGCUGCUUCCAUUUAAAUACCAGCCUGCCAUUUCUUCAAGGGCGGAAGGUUUAUCACCUGCAGUUCUCUGAAGCACAAAGGCAUUGGCUACUUACUGUGCACGGCCCGAGCAACCAAUCCAUUUCUCCUGUUAUAAAUGAUAAGUGUCUCAUCUGUGUGUGGAAUAUAUGGCAGCCUUCUGCUCCACAGAAAAUUCUCAUGUGUGAGUCUGAGGUGAAAUGCUGCUGUUUCAGCCCAGGUAAAGCAUCUCUGGUGUUUGCUGGUACAGUAGAUGGUUCUGUGUUAGUAUGGGACCUGCGAGAGGACUUCAGUAUGCAUCAGACUUUAACGAUAGAAGAUGCUAACUGGACAUUCAGAUCUGUGACCUUUUCUACUGAUGGGGUUUUCACUUCGGUGAAUCACACACACCCAGUAAAGUCAAUAGAACCUGUUCUGAGUGCGGAAGCAAAGGAUCAUGGGAUAUCUACAUUAUCUUCUCAAGGAGAAGAGGUUUCUGGUUUGUCGUUUCAACUAGCAUCUUUAGAUGAAAAUGGCCAUUUAAUUUUUUGGGUAGUUGUGGAACUGAGAAAAGUAGACCUAUCAGGAUCUCAGAGUGACUUGGGUUUGAUUCCGGGAGGAAAAGUGAAGCUAAUACACAGUUCAUCUAUAGAUCUUAUUGACAAAUUUUUUCACAAAGAUGUCCUAACUCUGGGAAUCCCUGGAACCAUGAAUAUUAAGUUCCUUCCACAAGACUCCAAUCAUUUUGUCAUUGGAACAGAUAUUGGAAUAGUAACCCAUGGGACAAGAUACGGACUAAUAGACCCACCUGUGCAAUACUCGUCCCUGCACAAUAAGCUGAGGCCAUCGAAAAUCGCUGCAAUCGAUUUCUCACCAUUUGCAAUUCCAGCAUUUCUGGCAGGAUGCACAGAUGGCUGUAUACGGUUACACACAAUGAGUGCGGAGUAUCCAGUAAUCCAGUGGAAUGAUACUACUGGUGGCCAGUCCAUUAUUGCCAUACAAUGGUCAUUGACCAGACCAACAUUGUUUUUUGUCUUGGAUGCAGCAUCCUCCAUUCAUAUAUGGGAUUUGUUACACAAUGACUUACAGCCAGUAGCCAAAGAAUCUAUAACAUCUGACCGGGUACUGAGCAUGUCAGUUUUCGGUGAACCAGAAAAGAACAAUAAUCUGAUGGGUCUGGCUUUAGCCAAGGCAUCUGGGACGGUAGAGAUCCAAUAUAUAAAGAAGAAGUGGGCCAAGCCUCAGACAAAGGAGUUAGAAAAACUUCAGUUAAUUCUGCAGGAGAUUCUGUAACUGUGGAAAAUCCCAAUGCCAGCAGUGUCCGGCAUAUCCUUUACUACCAAUUCUAUGUAUAUAAUGGCCAAUAUUUGUAUUCAUUGUAAUGGAUUGCUUAAUGUAAAUUGUUCAGACCUAUUUUUAUACUGAGUGAUAUUUUUUGUACUGGCACUUAGUUCCUUUAUUUAAAUAUGUGCACUUGGCCAUUGAUUGGUUAAGGUAACUCCUGCUUUUGACAGUUUUAGGAUAUAAAGGUUUGCUUAUCCCAUUCUACUCUGUAUUUCUGCAU